AUGGCGUAUCCCUUUCGACGAUGGUGUGUACUAUGCCAACUAGGUCCGAUGGUUGCCGAGUAUCCUGUCGAUAUCACGAACGGUCUAUCGAACAUACAGCUGUAUUGCAACAUCGUGAAAAGCAAGACGAUACCACUGCUUGUGAAUGUCCCGAUGGACAGCUUGUACAAGAAUUACUUCUACAAGAAUCGCAUGUUGGUACCAUGUUCUGAAUUGCUUGAUCGCAUCGUGUACGAAUUGAAGGACGAAAAUGGUGACCCGCUAUCGUUCAUUGGGAACGUGUACCUGCUAAUCGGAUUCACCUGUUCAAUAUUGCUCGCUCGAGCGGGCCGCCAGUGUGCGUGGAAGCUCAUCAAAAGCGACAUGGUAAUCGAUCGAGUGACUAUGAAGGGAGAAUCGCCUGGCACCUGUCUUGUCCUUGAUCGAGUGAACAACAUGCAAGAACGACGACAGUCUCCGUUGGUUGUAUUGAACGAAGGAGGGGGAAGCUUCGCUUCCCCCGGGGAGUCUACGACUCCCCACACGUACACGGAGAAUGCACACAUGAACGUCGUGGUACCCAAAAGUCGCAAAUGGUCAUUCUCGUUGACCGAUAAGACCGGUGCAACGAUUGCCCUGCCAAUGCCGAUUACAGUGUGCAUUCACUUCUACACAAUAAAUGAGUCAUAA